GUCAUCAUCUACUUGUCUUUGUUUUGUUGUCUAACCUGCUGCUCUACUGUACUGUCUGUCUUUUCACUGAGAGUUAGGUGAAAUUGCUGACACGAGGAAUUGGGCUUUUUGUCAGCUAGUGCUAGCAGAUGCCUUUUUAGAUGCUGGCUUCAGAGCACUUCUGCUUUUAUUGUAUUUUCGGAUGGACUUGCAUAUUUUGCAAGUGACCAUGCUACCGGUCUGGCUUUUAGCAAAAUAUGUCCACACCCUUGAGGCACCGCUGUUUGUUGCAGCAAGUGACCACCAUUUUUGUUUAACGGGACAUCUUUGUUGAGAAUGGUGGCUGUGACUGGGGCACCCCCGGGGCAGGACCCAUGAGGAGUCAUAGAAGAUGCUCACAGCCUGGGCACUUUUGCUCUUCUUAGCCAUGUGGGUGACAAGCACCUCUGGUGGCCCGCUCUCUUUCAGAAUAGCUGCCAUCCUUGAUGACCCUAUGGAGUGUAGCAGAGGAGAGCGUUUGGCCAUCACGUUGGCCAAAGACAGCAUCAACAGGAGGAGCAAUCGCUCCAUCACGGGAAAGCUGGAAGUGGACAUCUUUGAGCUGCUUCGAGACAGCGAAUAUGAAAUGGGCGAAACAAUGUGCCAAAUCAUGUCCAAGGGGGUUGUGGCAGUUCUCGGUCCCUCUGCCAGUCCAGCCUCCAACUCCAUCAUCAGUAAUAUCUGCGGCGAGAAGGAGGUGCCCUACGUAAAGGUGGCUCCGGAAGACAUUUUAAAGGUCCAGUUCCCCCGUUUCACCACUCUUGACCUGAGGCCAACCAACAUGGAUGUCAGCCUGGCUGUAGCGAGCCUUCUCUCCUUCUUUAACGGCACCACCGCCUGCCUCAUCUGUGCACAGGCUGACUGCUUAUUAAACCUGGAGCAGCUCCUCAGGCAGUUCCUCAUCUCCAAGGAAACCUUGUCAGUGCGUAUGCUCGACGACAGCCAGGACCCAACCCCUCUUCUGAAGGAGAUCCGAGACGACAAAACUGCCAACAUCAUAGUCGACGCCAACGCCACCAUGUCCCAUAUCAUUCUGGAACGGGCAUCAGAGCUGGGAAUGCUGUCCGUCUACUAUACAUACAUCUUCACCUCCUUGGAGUUCUCCAUGCUGCGAUUGGAAGACGUGGCAGACCAGCGGGUCAACAUCGUCGGAUUUUCCGUUUUCAACCAAACGCAUCCAUUCUUUGAGGAUUUUGCGCUGAGCCUCAACCGCUCCUGGCAAGAGAACUGUGAACAUGCUCCCUUCGCUGGCACCCCGCUCUCCUCAGCUCUUCUCUUUGAUGCAGUAUACGCGGUGGUGGCAGCGGUCCAGGAACUGAACCGUAGCCAAAAUGUAGGCGCAACUCAGCUCUCCUGCAAGUCCUCCAAAAUCUGGGAGCACGGCACCAGCCUAAUGAAUUACCUGAGGAUGGUAGAGCUGGAGGGUCUAACAGGCCAUAUUGAAUUCAACAGCAAAGGCCAACGCUCCAACUAUGCCCUGAGGAUCAUGCAGAGCAGCAAGGAUGGCCUAAGGCAGAUUGGCCUUUGGCACUCUGAAGAUGGACUGUCUAUGGAGAAGAAGCUCCCAUCAGUCAAUGUGACAGACACCCUCUUCAACACGACUCUCACCAUCACUACAAUACUAGAGAAUCCAUAUGUGAUGCUGCGGCCGAAUCACCAGGAACUUGAGGGAAAUGAGCGCUACGAAGGCUUCUGUGUUGACAUGCUCAAGGAGCUGGCAGCCAUACUCAAGUUCAAGUAUCGUAUCCGACUGGUGGGGGACGGACUGUACGGUGUCCCGGGAGCGAACGGAACGUGGAGCGGCAUGGUGGGAGAGCUCAUUUCCAGGAAAGCUGACUUGGCAGUCGCCGGCCUCACCAUCACGGCAGAGCGUGAAAAGGUCAUUGACUUCUCCAAACCCUUCAUGACCCUCGGCAUCAGCAUCAUGUACCGCGUCCACCUGGGUCGUCGGCCGGGCUACUUCUCUUUCCUGGACCCGUUCUCUCCGGGCGUGUGGCUCUUCAUGCUAUUGGCCUACUUGGCCGUGAGCUGCGUGCUCUUCCUGGUGGCCAGAUUGACACCUUACGAGUGGUACAACCCGCACCCCUGCCUGAAAGGACGCUGCGACCUGCUCAUCAACCAGUACUCCCUCGGAAACAGCUUGUGGUUCCCUGUCGGGGGCUUCAUGCAACAAGGGUCCACCAUUGCUCCCAGGGCGCUGUCCACACGUUGUGUCAGCGGAGUCUGUUCACCAGGAUGUUUAUUCCCUUUCAUCCCGUGCCGACAUUGUCAUCUUCAUUCAAAGAAUGAACACGCUGCCGUGUUUUCACGUCAAAGGUGGGCGUUCACAUUAAUCAUAAUCUCGUCGUACACUGCCAACCUGGCCGCCUUCCUCACCGUUCAGAGGAUGGAGGUGCCCAUUGAGUCGGUGGAUGACCUGGCGGAUCAGACGGCCAUAGAGUAUGGCACCAUGCACGGGGGCUCCACCAUGACCUUUUUCCAGAAUUCACGGUACCAGACGUACCAACGAAUGUGGAACUUCAUGCACUCCAAGCAACCCAGCGUGUUUGUGAAGAGUACGGAGGAAGGCAUUGCCCGGGUCCUCAAUUCCAACUACGCCUAUCUGCUGGAGAGUACCAUGAAUGAGUACUAUCGCCAGAGGAACUGCAACCUGACACAGAUUGGCGGUCUGCUCGACACCAAGGGCUAUGGUAUCGGAAUGCCACUGGGUUCUGUGUACCGUGAUGAGUUUGACCUGGCCAUCCUCAAGCUGCAGGAGGACAAUCGCUUGGAGAUCCUCAAGAGGAAGUGGUGGGAUGGUGGCAAGUGUCCAAAAGAAGAGGACCACCGGGCCAAAGGUCUUGGCAUGGAGAACAUCGGUGGCAUUUUUGUGGUGCUGGUGUGCGGCCUACUGGUGGCCAUCUUCAUGGCGGUGCUGGAGUUUGUGUGGAUGCUGAGGCAUGUGCCAGGAAGUGAGCAGUCGGCGUGCGAGGAGAUGCUGCGCGAGCUGCAGGGCAUCGUCCUGUGUCACGACAGCCUGCAGGUGAGGCGCCGCCGAACGUCGUCCGUCACCCGGCCGCGGCCCCUGCCCCAGGAGGAGCGCCGAGUGCGAGCGGCCGCCGUCGGCCUCGCCAACGGCAAGCUGUGCGCCGGCACGGGACUGCCCGAGCCGCUUUCCCACAGACUGGCUCAGGAGGCCGCACUGGUGGCCAGAGGCUGCAGCCACAUUCGCAUUUGCCCCGAGUGCAGACGCUUUCAGGGGCUCCGAAUGCGCCCCGGGGAGGCAGCCGGGGUCCUGCCGUCUCCUACGCCCAGCGAGGAGAGCUUAGAGUGGGACAAGGCGACAAAUAGCAGCGAACCUGAAUAACACGCACC